AACAUCAGAAUAUGAACAUCGACAUACAAUCGCCCAUGGGUUACAUCCUCCAGCUGGCCGAACAUCUUCCCUCCUCCAUCACGAAUCAGACUGCUCUGACUCCGGUUACUGGGACAGUCGCCGCCUUUACCACUUUCGUCGCCCUGUACGCCAUCAAGAACGCCUCUUCGUCCAGCCAAAAGAGGAGCCCUCUGCCUCCCGGCCCACCGACAAAGUGGUUUUGGCAGAAUCCUUUCCCGAAGAAGGAUGUUGCUCGCAACCUCGCCGCGUUGGCAGACCAAUACGGUGGUGCGUAUACUUUGAGCGCGGGGAGCAACAACUUCGUCGUUGUGGCGAGCUACGAUGCGGCCCUCGAGAUCAUGGAGAAAGCUGGGGGCUCGACCGCCGAUCGCCCGCGUUUGGUCUUGGCGGGUGAGCUCAUGGCGCGGUCGGGACGUCUAAUAUUUGAGGGCGUUGGAGACCAUUUCCGUACUGUGCGCAAGGCGGUGCAUACCGCGUUGCAGCCUAAAGCGGCGAAGAGCUACCAGCCAAUCCAGAUUGACCAUGCUUGCCGUGUUAUCCUAAACAUCAUGGAUAACCCAGACAAGUUUGCUGAUCACCUCCAGUCCUACGCUUCCUCCGUAACCAUCCAAAUUAUGUACGGCAAGUGCACGCCAGUCUCCGCCAGCUCACCAGAAGUGCAGCGAAUCUUGUCAGUCGGGCGAAACGGUGGUAACACCCUGAUCCCGGGGCGCUUCAUAAUUGAGGCGCUGCCCGUCUUGAAGCCAUUCCACCGCCUCGGGGGGAUGAAGCAUAUCUGCGACGCCCUUGAGAACACACCGGGGCUUUGGUGGCUGGGCAGGGUGCUCGGCGCGUUCGGGUGGGAGAUAGCCGCGUGGGCGCGGAACGAGCAGGACUUGGCAGACGAUAUGAUGGGAAGGGUGCAGCAGGAGAUGGCUGAGGGCACCGCCGGACCGUCCUUUCUCCGUAACAUGAUCGAGACGCAGGACGAACACAGGUUGCCCGACUACGAGCUCGCUGAGGUCACGUCCGUCCUCUUUGGCGCGGGCAGCGACACGACCACUGCUGGCCUUAAUUUCGCCAUCCUUGCAGCGGCCGAGUUCCCCGAAGAGCUCAAGAAGGUGCAUGAAGAGCUCGAUAAGGUCAUUGGGCGGGAACGAGCACCUAGCUUCGACGACAUGGGCAGCCUCCCGCUCCUGCAGGCGUACAUCGAAGAAGUGCUCCGCUGGCGCCCCAUUGUACCUAUCGGUAUUGCACACAGGGCGAACAAAGAUGUCCAUUAUAACGGCUACGUCAUUCCGGAGGGCACGAUGGUCCUCGGCUCUCACUGGGCCAUCUCGCGCGACCCCGCCGCGUACCCCAACCCCGACGCCUUCCUCCCCUCCAGGUGGCUCGAAACCCCCGCUGCUUCUCCGCCCUCUUCCCCAAAGCUCCGCACGGACCUCCGCUUCUUCACAUACGGCUUCGGGCGGCGUGUCUGCCCCGGGCAGCACGUCGCGAACCGCUCGCUGUUCCUCAACCUCGCGCUCAUCUUUUGGGCGUUCGACGUUGUGCGCCCGAGCAAGGACACGGUGUACGAUAUAGAAGCGUGGACGGAUACCAUGGUCAUGAGGCCGCCGUCGUUCAAGGUCAAGUUUGUGCAGAGGGUGCCCGAGGGUGUCGUGAGGAGGGCGCUGGGUGAGAUGGGUGGAGAGAACUAAGGGCGGGCGCGAGAUAAUGGGGUGGGCUACGGAAAUGUGAUAUCCAAGUGCUACGGGUGUGCGUGAGUACGGGAUCUUGUCGACUUUCUAAAUGCAUGAUUAAGGAUAAAAGACUGGAGAGAUGCGGUUGUUACAACAUAUGGGUAGGAAAAAGGGCAGAAGUUACAUAUUAAAUGUAUGCCUCUGAAAGAUCCGGCAAGCAAGAAACUUGGCAAGAAAUUGCGAGGCAAAUACAGACGGAGAACAAACAGUAAAUAUACCAGUAGUGUAUCGGUUAUCUAGGGAAUCUAGGGAGGGAAAAGC